UGUUGCUUCAUCCCGGCACAAGUCUCUGUAAAGUCGUUUGACAAGCAUCGAGCCCCGAGUGCGUACCGUGUAUGGAUGUGUGUGUGUGUCAACAGGCAAACUGAAGCGCACAAGUUCACUGUCACCAAUCGGAUCACCAACUGGUGGACACACGCGUGCUAACCGACAACCACUCUCAGAGUCACCAUGAUCCUCACAGCUUCACUUUGUGGCACGGCGCUCUGUGCUAUGUACUACCUCAAGGAACAGUAUGAUUACACUAUCCGACGGAUGCCUCCUGGGCCGUCCUCCAUCCCAUUCAUUGGGAAUGCACUCAGCAUUGACUGCAAUGCCCCUCACCUCUCUAUGUUAGAACUGGCCAAGAAGUACGGCAACAUCUUCAGCAUCAAGUUGGGAUCACAACGUGUCGUCAUCCUCAACAGCUGUGAGGUGAUCAAGGAGGCGUACAAAGGCUUGGACAUUUCUCACAGACCGAACAUCUAUUGCAUGGAUGUCUUAGUCGGAGAUAAAGGAUUCUUGACGUGCAAGGACACCAAUCAGUGGCGUCUGCACACAAAACUUUGCCGUAGCGCCCUCAGAGUGAUAAACAACAGCAGCCUCGGCAUCAAAAUCAGCGAGGAGGCCGACUGCCUUAUUAACAAAAUGCUUGACUAUCACGGCAAGGCGUUCAACCCUUGCCAGGAUCUGUACCUGGCCUCCCUUAACAUCCUCUGUAACAUUUCAUUUGGGGAGCGGUAUUCACAUAACGAUCCGGAGCUCCAUGAGAUCUUGGACUACUCGGCGCAAAUCCUGAAGGUGAUCUCACCAGUCCACCCUGUCAACGCACUGCCAUGGUUAAGGCACUUCCCAAACAAGUGGUUCGAUAGCCUCCUCAAAGCAAAGGACAAACGAGACAGACUGCUGAUGAGGAAGUACGUGCAGCACGUAGCCACAUACAAGGACGGUGAGGUGCGGGACAUGCUGGAUGCAAUGCUGGCCUCGGCCAAGCAAGCAGUGCAAGAGAAGGAUGAGAACUCACUGAGUGUCUUGACACCAGAGCACAUCAUCAUCAACAUGUGGCUCAUGUUUUUUGCAGGUACGGACACCGUAGCCAAUACACUGCAGUGGGGUUUACUGUACAUGGCAGCAUUCCCUAAGAAACAAGCUAAAGUGCAAGACCAGAUUGAUGAAGUGCUUGGGAAGGAUGGACCACUCACGCUGGAAAGCAAAUCCUCAUUGCCAUAUUUGGAGGCUACAGUUUAUGAGAUCAUGAGGUUUAGCUCUUUGACCAUCCUAGGGGUACCACAUGCAGCUGCCGUCGACACCAGAGUCGGAGGGUACUACAUCCCUAAAGGAACCCAAGUUAUGGCCAACUUCUGGGCUGUCCAUCAUGACGAGGCGAUCUGGGAUCGACCCCACGACUUCCUCCCUGAGCGCUUCCUUGACACAGAGGGAAAACUCCGCAACAUGUCCGAGUUUCCCUUCUUCAUGCCCUUCUCGACCGGCCAGAGGAGCUGCAUCGGCAAAGGCAUGGCCAAGUCAGAGCUCUUCCUGAUCUUGGGCAAGCUGCUCCAGAGAUUCUGCUUCCAACUGCCGCUCAAUGCUAAGGUAGACCUACAAGGAAUGGCUUCCGUUUCUCUCAUCCCUAAACCCUAUGAGAUUAAGGCACUUGAGCGAGCAAUGUACAUCUAGAGAGGGUUGCCAUGAAUCUGUACUCUAAAAGGGAUGGUACAACAGGAGUUGUAUAUUCCUUAAGCUUGUUAAGCAAUACACUCCAGCACCAUCAAGAUCAUGGCCCCCGUAUGCAAUAACAUCCAUGAAUACAAACUCUCAUCAUCGUAACAAGGGGCCAGACUGUUUCUCCUUCCAUCCCAAAAAAUAUUGAUUUUGACUUGAAAGAACAAUCCAGAAGGCUGCGCCAAGAUAACAGUCCAUUUCGCAUGAAAUCUGAGAGAUUUUCAGACUUAGUAUAGAAAACAAUGCAGACAAGUUUGUUGAUUUGUUAAAAAUAGCUUAUGGACUUUUGAUUGGAAUGAAUAGUACUUUUCGUUCCACAAUUCUGUCCAACUAUGUAUGUAUUUCUCCCUUUUUAAUGGUUUAACAACUCUUUUCUGGUAAAAAAAAAUGUUUUUAAAAUGUUUUAUUAUUUCAUAAUGGAGUUUUUCCUCUCGAAAUGUUAGAAACUAUUAUUGAGGGAACUGCCAUUUGUACAUGAGCUUACUAACAACACUGCUAGUAUUCAUACACUAUUAUUUGUACAUCUUUAAAAAUCUGAGAAUUCAAAGUUAAAGGUGACGGUGUUUUGGUGUUUUGACCAAAGCAAACUGAUGGUGAUGGUAAGGCUUUCAACAUUUUAAAGAAAUAAUUUAGGGUUGAGGUUGUGUUUUUGACAUUUUAAGUGAAAUUAAAGAAAUAAUUUCAGGUGAAGGUUGUGUUUUUGACAAUUUAAGGGGACUUCAUAGAAAACAUGUACUUAAAGGAUAAAUGGGAGUUUGUUGUUUUUAAGAGUGUACAUUAAUAUUUUUAAGGUGAGGAUUUUUUGACAAAUGAAGGCAAAAUGCCAUCUAGCAACAACAAAAAACUGUCAAGUUUUUUCCAUUUUGUGGCUAAACAAAGCCAUCAUAGCCAAUUGACAACUCUAAAAAUCUUCCACAUUGCACCUGUGUGACCUUUUGGCUCACUCCCUCCAACCUCCUUCAGUCAUGGAAUAGAUGUUUUAAAUGUUUGUAUUCAGCUGCGUAAAAAUUACAAAUGUAAAGUAUGUGUUUCCUUUUAUUUUGAAUUUCGACCAAUAUGUAUUUAUCCUACCUCUCAAAAUAAAUUCAGAUGAAUUAAAAGUCAUAAGCAUAUAAUAAUGUAUUCAAAAAUACUACUUAAUCAAUUGUAUUCAAUGCACAUAUUGGAAGGUUUAUGUUAUCUGAAAAAAGGAGAUGAAUUUCUAUAUUUAAGAAAACAGGGGGCAUGUUUCUUUCUGAGGCGAAAACAGGGGGCAUGUUUCUUUCUGAGGCGAAAACAGGGGGCAUGCUUCUUUCUGAGGAGAAAAAUAAUGUUCAAUUUACAAUUCACAAAGUUGCAAAUUUUUUAUUUGCAAUUGAUCUGUUGACACUUCAGUUUGCUGAAACAAUAUUGUUGAAAGACAAAAAAAAAAAAAAAAGUUUGAAACUACUUUCAAAUGAUAAAACAGAUGUUGUAAAUAAGAUACUUUUGUUGUAACUUAGAGUUAACUUCCCUCAGACAUCACUGUUUGUUUAGUUUUCUACAUGCAAAAAUAAACCCAGAUAAGGCAAAUAAAUGUCAACUCUUUACUCGGACAUUGAACAAAAUCAUCUCUGGCAAAAAUGGAUGUUUCUACUUCAACAAUCUGCCAAACUACUUGGUGUUAAUCUAAUUAAGUUGAUCCAUCCCAAGUGAGACUAAUGAUAAACCCGUCUGAUGGACCUUUGAAGCAGAAAUUGGGUCAAAUGAAAAAAUCUACUUGUGAUAUUUCAACUGAGGACACUCUGCACGUCAAUGCCACUGAAGUCCUGCUUAUUGAAAUGAGGACGAACUGCACGUCAAUGCCACUGAAGUCCUGCUUAUUGAAAUGAGGACGAAAACAAAUUAACAAGUCAGGGGUGCGUUCCACUCGCGCAAACGACUCGCAACUGUUCGCGCAAACGUUUUGUU